AUGCUGCUCUUCCGGACGCUGCACGUCUGCGUCAGAAGCCCGCGCGCAGGCCCUCGCGGCACGCUCCUGCCCCCCGGCCCGCCCCUCCUGGCCCCCGCGGCUGGGGGCCGACCUGGCCACGGCCCCAGCCCGAGAGCCCGCGCCGGUGGCUGCUGGACCGGCUUGAGCAGGAGCUGUGCGAGGAGAGAGCUCUUGGACUCCGACCUGCACCGCCUGUUCGCAGUGACGCGGAAGAUCACCGCAGAGAUAGUGCCGCAGGAGACGAUCGGUAUCGUGAUCUCCGAGACCCUCCAGCUCCUCAGCUGCGACAGGGUCUCCCUCUUCGUCCUGGACAAGAAGGCCCGCGUGCUGCGGUUGUACGCCUCCAACCUAUCGACCUCGAUCGUGGUGCAGAUGGGGCAGGGCAUCGCCGGUUACGUCUUCGAGCACUUGGAGGCGGUGAGCAUCCCAGACUGCUACAAAGACCCACGAUUCGACUGCUCGUUCGACCGGGCCUCGGGCUACACCACGCGCAGCCUCCUGGCGGCUCCGAUCCUGGACUACGAGGGCAGCUGCGUCGGCGUCCUCCAGGCCAUCAACAAGGUUGGCCCACACGACAAGGCGGUUUUCGACCCCAUGCCGAUCGGCAUGCGGGCGGUCCCUUUCAGGACUAAGAGGAACGACGAGAAGAUGUUGCUGCACCUCACACAGCACGUCGGCAUCGCCCUCCGGAAUUCUGAGGUUUACAGAGAAGCUAUCAGCUCAAGUGAGCGCGCGACUGGUUUGCUCAACACCAUCCAGGGCCUGUCCCAGGACCUCGGUAUCCAAUCCAUGCUGCUCACGAUCACCAUGCACGCAGGCCAGAUUGUGAGCUGCGAGAGGUCCACGGUCUUCCUCCUGGACGAAGCCAAGGGGGAGCUCUGGUCGGUCUCCACCGACACUGGCCAGGAGAUCCGCAUACCUAAAACGACCGGUCUCGCUGGGGAGUGCUGCAGCGAGGGGAAGCUCAUCAACAUCCCGGACGCGUAUGCAGACAGUCGCUUCAACCAGGACGUGGACAAGCGGACGGGCUUCAAGACGCAGAGCAUCCUCGCCAUACCGAUGCUCACCGCCGGCGGGGACGUCCUGGGCGUGAUCCAGAUGAUCAACAAGGUCUCCCCCGACGGUGCCUACGAGGUCUUCGACGAGGCCGACGUGGCGGUGAUGGAGCUCUUUGCCAAGUUCGUGGGCCCCAGGCUCACGCAGUCGCCCGCGCUCGUGCCGCAGGCCGCCCGCCGCCCCCCGCCCUCGGAGGCGGCGCUCGCCCUGAGCCCCGGGGCGCGGGCCCCGGGGCCCGCCCCGCAGCCGCGGCGGAGCGGCUGCCGGGCGGAGGCGAUGGGCCCGCUGCAGGAGAGGACGAGGAGCACGAGGGCACGCUGGGCCGCGGCUGAGCGGCCCACGGCGAGGAGUGCUACUGGUCCCAAGGGAAGGACCUUUCCCCUCGGGGGAUGCGUUGUUCCCGCGUGGCGGGCAGCCGGCAGCUGUCAGCGCGAGCGGGGCCCGGGGCUUUUUUUUUUUUUGCUAGCGCGGCGUGACCGCCAGCUGCACUCCCGUCCGGCCCCCCCUUGCCUUGGCCUGGCGGGCCUUUGGUGGGGGCAGGUUCGAAGAAAGGUGUAUGCUUGCGCUGCUCUCUCUUCUUCCACGACUCGCCCAGCGCGCGCAUGGGCGCUCCGGGGCGCUCUGCAGCGGCCGCGGCACCCGACUGCAGCCUCCAUGCCCGCCAGCUCGCAGGGAUCCCCGGCUGGCUCUCGUGCGGAUCUGCCCUCGCCCUGCCUUCGCUUGCCCCGCCUCCCCGCAGGGGGGGCGUGGAGGCGAUCGCGCCUCCUCGCGCUCGAGCGGGCCAGGCGUGGCGGCCUGCCCUCGCGCGAGGGCGCGAGGGGCGGUCGUGCUCCGCGCAGCGCGGGCCGCGAGGUCCGGGGGGGCGGCCUGGCUCUCUGGCGCUCUCGCCCGCUCGCUUCUCCGACGAUCGGGCGGGCCUGCGCGUUCGCCGCCGUCGGCCCGCUCUGCUCGCUGCCCGUCUCCACCUCUCCGCCGCCGCGCGGCACUGGCUGCCGUGAGCCGGCGCUGCCGUGGCGCUGCCGGCAGUGGCCCCGGACUCUGGCAGCUUGGAGCGCGCGCUGGCCUCCCCUUCGGAGGAGGGCGAGGCACCCACACCUCUUCCCUUCGCCGGUACGCACCCCCUCACCGCUGCUAGCGGUAUCGGUACCUUUUGGUUUCCCCAUCCCCUCCCCUGUCGGUCAGAGAGGCGCCUCUCCUGGGCGGCCAGGUUCAGCAGGGGCGCUUGUGCACCGCUGGCCCGAGAGUCCAGCCUGAUCUCGCCCAGGCUCGCUUGAUCCCGCUCAGUCCAGCUCAGUCCUGGACGGGCUCCGGCCUCGUUCGGCUCGGUGGGGCCCCUUCAACAACCUCGUGCAUCUUGCCCACGGCGGCCUCCCGUCCAGCAGCUGCCUCUACGCCUCCGCGCCCUCCCCGCUGGACGUUUCCGUCUCCCUGCGCUGCUUUUUCCGGGCCUGGGCGCACCUGCAGCCCAGCCAGCCAUUGCCUGGUUGACGUCCGGACUUGGGGUGGCCACCCCUGCGAUCUAUGCAAAAGGCGGCCCUCCCCCUCGAGGCCCCCCAUAUACAGGCCGGAGCGCGUGGGGUCUCCAGGUCCCGGGACGUCGGGUCCGAUUUUCUCCAGGACGGCAUCGCCGACGCCUCGCCGAUCCACCGGCGAUGCGGUGCGGUUUUGGGAGGCACAUCCACGCCGGCCCGAUCUCGGAGACCCCCGUCCUCGUCCUUCUGUGCCCGCGUCGCGCCUCCCAGGAGCGGGCUCUGCGGAGGUGGGCCCUCCUGCGCCUCCGCCCCCUCC